AUGAAUGAUCUUAUAAAUCGUCAAGCUGGAGGCCCAACAUGGGAAGUUCAAUUGGGAAGAAGAGAUAGCAAGGCAGCCAACCAAGCAGGUGCUAAUACUUCCAUUCCAAGUCCUUUUGAAAGCCUUAGCAACGUCACAGCCAAGUUUACUGCUGUGGGACUUGAUUCCACUGAUCUAGUUGCUUUAUCUGGUGCACAUACAUUUGGGCGGGCACAAUGUAGGGUUUUCAGUCAAAGGCUUUACAACUUCAGCAACACCGGAAACCCAGACCCUAGCCUAGACACAACAUACUUGGGAACACUUCGCCAAACAUGUCCGGAAGGUGGGAAUGGCAAUGCCAUAACCAAUCUUGAUCCCUCUACUCCUAAUGGCUUUGAUAAUAACUACUUCACAAACCUUCAAAACAACCAAGGCCUUCUCCAAACUGAUCAGGAGUUGUUCUCAACUACUGGGGCUGACACAGUUGACAUCGUAAACCGUUUUGCUAAUAGUCAGAGUGAAUUCUUUGACAAUUUUGCUAAGUCAAUGAUUAAUAUGGGAAAUAUAAGCCCUUUGACAGGAAAUAAUGGAGAGAUAAGGCUUGAUUGUAAGAGGGUCAACUGA